AUGGAUUUCUGUCUCUACACACAAGUGAUCAAAGACUUUGAUUUUAUCGGUUCCGAUAACUCAUAUCCAAUUAGUUUUACCGAAAGUAUAUCAAUUCCGCUGCAAAGUAAUGUUAAAUACACAGAAAUAGGCCAUCGAUUGAUAGAAAAGCAUAAAAUUCCAGUCUUUCUCGAAAAUGAAGUGCUGUUGAAAUUAAAGGCAUUCAUCGAAGACGAAACCGAUAGACUGGACACCGAAUGCGUGGAUCAAUUGUUAGACAAGUUGUCCGAAUCUGAAAUCAGAAAUAAUUGUAGACUUAUAGUGAAUAAGUGCCCAAAAAUUGACACUAAAUAUCAGAGUUUUGAUAAUAUGAACGAAAGCAGCGAAUUCUUUAAUAUGUACUACGAAUUGAUCCAUUCGGGAGUCUUCACCGAAUCGUUGAUGAAAUUUGAGAACUUAUAUCUGAUUGCUAUACAAGACCUGAUCUCAGCGCGCGAUCAGUCGUACAACGAUUUACUCACACAACAGACCAUUGAGAUGGAAGACGCCGUCAAAAACAUUGGAACCACUCUUAGCGAAGAGAAUAUCAAUUGUCUGUCGAUUAAACACUUUGAAGAAUUGGAGCGCUUGAAAGAUGAGUGGAAUAACACUAUAUCUAACCUAAAGUACGAACAGAAGCAAGAAUUUUACGAAUGGAUUCGCAAAGUGUACGAAGACUUCAAGAAUGGAAAUCCGGAAUCGAUUGCCACGAAUCUAAAGAAUCUGUCGAUCGACUCGAGUGAGCGAUUCAGUCAAUCAGCAUAUGAUGACAUCGAUUGGAAUAACUCUUCAAAUGAUAAUCACAUUCAGAUGGAAGAGAGCUUUACAAUCAAUUUGGGCGCUCAACUCAAGACUACUCAUAAUCUUCGCUUAAUAUCAAUGGAUAUUUUGGAUUUGUGUCGAAUGAAACCCAGUUAUUCUGGAAUCAAAUUAGACCUUGAGAUUCAAAUGCAAGAAUCGAAAGCAAUGGCCGAACAAUUGAAGCCUAAUAUCGUAAACCAGAAGAACUGUUCCCAUGUGUUACAAACGGGCGAUUUCUACAUAACCAAACACUCAAAUCUAUCUGAAGCUCACGUUGUUUUUCAUUUGGUUUGUGACGAUUCCUUGCGCUCGUCGGACAUCAACUCCAGACACCCCGUGAUUCUGGGCUUAAGAAACAUUAUGAAGACAUCGCAUUUGAACGAUAUCUCAAACAUAACGAUUCCUCUGCUUUUGAUUCACGAGAUGACCGAAGAGAUAACCAUUCAAUGGUGUCUUAAGAGAGCGGAAUUAGUGCUAAAGUGUGUGAAAGGGUUUAUGAUUGAAAUGGCAUCGCUUUCUUCUGGUGGCGAUGAGAACCGAACCGUUCAGUUCGUUGUGCCGAAGGGCAUUUCUCAGGAAUUAUUCGCAAAUCUGACAACAAUUCUUCCGAGUAUUUUCAGACUCUCUAACCCUCUGGUCCUGCGAUCGAGUUAUGACUUGGAAUAAUACGAAUGACAACAGCCUAUGGAUUGUUUCAUUCAAUUUAAUUAUCUUUUCUAUCAAUCGAUUAAUUAAUUGUUUUAACAUAUUUUCAAAAUAAGUUUUUGUUUUCAUACGAAAAAUUUACUGAAAUUUUCAUUAAAUAUUCCGAUUUCUUAAUAUA